AUGGAAUUCCUCAGCAAAGUGCUCCGUCUAGCACUGGCAGUUGGCAUCGUGUCAUCGUUGGUGGGGUCUUCGGAUGCAUCAUUUCCGGGAUUGUCGCUGGAAGGAUGGCCGUACUUUUAUCCACUCGGCCCGUGGCACGACCAUACACCGGUGCAACCGUACUACGAACCCGUCCCGAUCACACCCGUCGUUGCGGCCCAACUGGCGGAGUAUCCUGGCGCGAUGUCGAUCGCGGCAACGCGCGGUGCCAUCCAUAUCGCGCCUCUACCGGGCCACUCGGUUUCACAGUUCCAGUACAACCUAGAUGCACCACCAGGAACGUACUAA